UCUUCUCCCUGGCUCCUCCGGCCGAGAGUCAAUCUCCAUUGCAUGCCAACGGGCGGGCGGGCUCUCCACCCACCCUUCUUGCCGGCCGCGGCCCGCGCCCGUGCAUUGCUAGAGCUGCUUCCUUUUCCUGCUCGUGUCCUCCGGCCUCCUCGAUCGGUCGUCGUCUACGUGGCGGCGGCGCUCGCGGCAUCUAUCUAGCUAAGGAGGAGGAAAGCAGUUGACUACACACAUGGCGGCGAACGGGGAAGAUCGGCAGGCGGCGAUGAUGGCAGCGGCGCCGGAGGAGGAGGAGAUCGUAGUGGAGAUGCCCGUCAAGCCAGCGCCGGGGGCGUCGGCGUGGGAGACGGCGGCGCUGCCGCUGAGCAUGGUGGUGGUGCAGGCGUUCACGGUGGUGAUGCUGCUCCUGUCCAAGCUGGCGCUCAACACCGGCAUGCGCCCAUGCGUCCUCAUCGUCUACCGCAACCUCGUCGCCACCGCCGCCGUCGCACCACUCACCUUAAUCUUCGAGAGGGAAAUGUGGAAGAAACUGAACUUGGCUGUGUUGGGUUUGAUUUCCUUAAAUGCUACAUUUGCAGUGGUGUUGGCGAUGGGGCUGUACUACUACGGCCUGCAGGUCACAAGCGCCGCGUACUCCGUCGUCUUCCUGAACCUGAUCCCCAUCGUGACCUUCGCCAUUGCAAUCUUGGUCAGAGCCGAGAAGGUGGCGUUGGGGAAGUGGCCUAGCAGGCUGAAGGUCCUAGGCGCCCUGACGUGCGUGGGCGGGACGAUGAUCGUGAGCCUGCUCAAAGGCCAUCUUCUGCACCUGUGGCCUACGCACCUGCUGAAACUCUCCCACGGCAGUGCACCGGCGAGCGGCGGCCAUCACCAUGACAUGCUCACCGGCACACUGUUCCUGUCCGGCAGCUGCCUGAGCUACGCCGUGUGGUUCAUCGUGCAGGCAAGGGUCGGGAAGGUGUUUCCAUCAAUGUACUGGGGGACGAUGCUGACGUGUCUGUUAGGAAGCAUACAGGCCUUCGUCGUCAGCCUGUUCCUCAGCCAUGACAGGGCAGACUGGAGGCUCAAGUGGGACCUGCAGCUUCUGACAGUGGUCUACUCGGGCGUGCUGAACACAGGCAUCAACUUCGUCCUCAUCUCAUGGGCGGUGAGCCGUCGUGGGCCCAUCUACCCUUCCAUGUUCAAUUCACUGUCACUGAUCAUCACCGUGGUGAUGGACUCGCUGCUGCUCGGCACCAAGAUCUACGUUGGAGGGGUGGUGGGGGCGCUGCUGAUCAUCGUGGGGCUGUACGCAUUCCUGUGGGGGAAAGGCAAGGAGCUGCAGGCUGCAGCGGCGGAAAAGAAAAAGAAGCUGGAGCAAGAGCAGGAAGAGGAGGAGCAGAGGCGGGGCGAAAGCGAGAUGACCUAGCUAGUCUCUAAUAAGUUGCUAGCAACAACCUGAUUAUGAUUAUGGGGGUGCUAGUAGCAAUUGUAGUCUAACUAUAUACUGUGAGGCAAUAUAUGUAAACCUAGUGAUGGUAAGGUAAGACGACUGAUGAUAUAUCAUCCAUGCUAAAUUGAACACCUGAAAGAGAAAAGAGAACAUAUUUUCAG